UGCAUUAUUUGGUUUUUAGUUUGUUCUGCCAUUGUAAUAGUGCUUCACUUGCCACUAAUAUUGAUUGGAAAAAGUUUGUUCAUCUUUCUUUUUUCUAGCCCCAUCAAACCCACUUUUCUUUUCUUUCCAUAGAAACAAACAGAAACGGUCCCUUGCCUUAUCUUGACUUACUGUUCAAUGGAGACUUGUGUUGUAGAUUGUAGUGUCAUUUCGCCAUUAAGAUGGCCUACCCCUUUUAGUUUUUAAGUGGGGAAAUGAUAUGAAGCCUCUCGAGAAAGCUUCCUCUUUGGUUGCUUGGCCAAUGGCCACUAUUUGUUUUGGAAUUGAUGGAAAAAGUUUCACUCAUUGCUUAUAAUAUAGCUUGUUUGCUUUCUUUACUUUCUUUUAUUUGCUAAAAUACGUGAAGGGGAAAGCAAUAUCUGAGUUAUGUAAGAAAUGGGAAGAUAUUAAUACGUUUUGUUCACUUCUUCUUCCUUUCUUCUCGCUGCUACUCUACUGUUGUGUACUUGGAACUAUUUGUCCUUAUGUAUAAGUUUAUUUUAACUGCAGCAGGGUUUCUUUUUUCCCUAAAUAAAUCUUUGUUCUGAUGUAUUUUUAAUUAUAGUUUUCAUUUUGUUUUACUUACUGAUGGAAUGUUUUCUAAUGCGGAAAUAGUUUAGACCAAUAUAAAGAUUGUUUUUUGUUCUCUUCUGAUAUUUGGGAAGACAAUCUGUUUUGUGCUUUUCUUUGUAAAAGUAGUUCCAUUUUGGGUUCUCCCUUUUUUAUCAUUGAGAACCAUAGUUAAUCAUUCACCAUGGCAAUAGGCUCGUCAACAAGACUAGUAUCACGGGAGAAAAGAACCGAUCAGCAUGGAGCAGAGGAAGCUCUUCUUGGACCACAUGUCCUUGAGUUAUUUUCAUCUGGGCAAUAGAUUAUGAUACAAACAAGAGGUUUCUAUAGAAGAAACACAUAAGGACUUCUGCAAUGGGAACAAAGCAUAUGCAAUCUAAUUCUAGCAUGGUUGGAAGAGUCUCAAAAAGCCACAAAAUGCAUUGCAAAGCAGUUGAUAGACCUAGCAAAGACCUUCAACAACCAUCUCCUAAAAGUUUGGUCAAUCCAUCAUCAAAGAAGCUAGAUUCAACAGCUUCAACAAGAGUAGCUUGCUGCAGAAGUCAAAGAUUUUGUACUUGUAAAAGUUGUAUGGAGUAUAGCCGACAUAAUGAGAUCAGCCUAAAAUUGGUUCAGAAGAAUGAAGCGUCUGAGCCAUUUUCAAGUAAAAAAUUUGUUGGUGUGGCUGAUAAACAGUGUAAACAAUUGUUAGAUGCAUUGGGAAUUUUCAAUUCGAAUAAGGAAUUGUUUGUAAAUCUACUACAAGACCCUAAUUCUCUGUUGAUUAAACGUAUUGAAGACAAUACUGAAUCGAGGAACAGAAAACAGCAGAUGAUGACUUUCUUUGAUAGCAGGUUGUCUGAAAACAAAAUAAGAGAAGUGGGGGAAUCUGAUGAGCCUAAGUGCUGUCAAAACUUGAAGCCCUGUGAUAGAUUACCCGCUGAGGAUAGUGAUGAUUCUCUAUCCUUGGAAAGAAUAGUAGUAUUAAAGCCAAAUUCAACUAGCUCACUACAGGCGGCUGUAGGAACCAAUUAUUGCUCCUCUCUGAAAUCUCAUUCUAGUUGCACAAAGAAUGGGCAGAGUGACAAGGGAACUCUUUUUUCUUUUAGACAAAUAAAAAGGAAGAUGAAGCAAGCAAUGAGGGUAGGGAGAAAAGAAGGUGAAUGCCUAUCAUCUAAUGGUAUGCCUAAGGAAACGCCAGUGAUCUGUAGGGCCCCAAAAGAUGAUGGUAAACAGACGGUUAUAGGGGCAACUAGAAGAAGUUCCUAUAGUAAAAUUCAAACAGAUGAUAAAGGAAUUUCUAGUUCAUUUCAAGAUUCCCUAGAAAGAGAUCAAGAAGACAAGGCAUUUUACUCUAGAAAUGGGGACAAGACAGCUUCUACUAGUGAAAGUACCUACAAAAAGGUUGUCCAGCCAGCUGUGCUAAGUAAUCUCAAACGGCAGAAGUCUAAGAAGCACGAAGGAGAUAAAGAGGUUUCAAGAAAAAUGAAAGCAAAACCGUGGGGGUGGGUGAUGUGCUUUUCUGACGAUGACAUAUUGCCAUCAAAUAAACCCGGAUGCCAUACUGCAGGCCGUAUGAGAUACUCCCACCUUGGCAAUAAGAAGUUUAUUCACGAGAAGAAGACACAACCUCAGAAUGACGAGGAACAAUGUUGCAAGACUCCAGAAAUGGUUAAAGUAGGAGCUUCUUUUGCAGAGGCGGGGAGGGAUGAUGACCAAUUGCACGCCUCAACUACAGAGUUGAAUGUAUCUCCCGUCAUUUUUCCUGAAGUGGAUCAAGAUCCAAUUAUUGAAGGAUCUGUGAAGCUCAUAAAAGAAGUUACCACUGUACAACAGGAAAGAAGCAAUUUUUGUGAAGCAUCAUCUAGAUUUGAUAACAGUUCCAACACUAGUUACUGUCAGAGAACAAACAAGAACGAGGGCUUUGGAGAGAAAGGAAAUCCGGAGCUCUCUAAACCGAAUUUGCCUUUGGAGGUUCAACCAUCAGCUUUUUCAGUAGAUACAUUUCCGUCCAGCUCAUUACAAUUUCAGACAGUGGAAGAUCCUAAUGGUUUUUGUGAUAGAGUAGUUCAGCCUCUACCAGAACCUAUAAAUGACCAACUUUUGGUAGAUGCAACCUCUAGUAAUCUGGCUAUCACCUCAGGAACAGCUGAGCCAUCUAGUGAAGCACUCCCCAUUAAUUUUGAAGAGGACCAGUGUACUGGUUUGGCAAGAUUGCAAGAGGUUCUCGAUCCUGCCAUCGCGUCCUUUCAUUGUUGUGGCUCUACCUCUCAGUGUAUACUUGAGCUGCUGCAAGUCUCAAAACAGAAUUGGAAUGAAUUGUCGAUGGAUUGUCAUUCUUCGACUUGGCUGCAGAUAUCGUUUGUUGACAAAGUGAAGAUGUUUAGUAGCCAGUUAUGUGGUGAUUGUGUGCUUCUUUUUGACUAUUUUAAUGAAGUCCUUGAGGAUGUUUUCCACUGUUAUGUUAGAUGCUCCUCAUGGUUAUCAUCUUAUAAGCCACACAUUCAAGCACCUAAUAAGGAAAGCACUUUUUAUCACGAGGUUAUGCAGCAUAUGGAUUGGUCACUUUUGCAGCAGCAGCCACCACAAACACUGGACCAUCUUUGUUUAAGAGACUUGAAAUCUAGAACAUGGAUCGACUAUCCAACUGAAACUGAAGAGGUUGUUACGAUUAUAGCGGAAUCGGUUUUAAGAGAAUUAAUCAUUGAAAGUGUUGUUUACCUUGGUUUAUGAAGCUACGUAUCUUUAUGUGUGUAAAUUCUGGGUUAAACAUGUGAUAUCUGACAUCAUGACCAGAAUUCUAAUGUAGAGUCAUGUUGUCUAUUUGAAUGGAAUCUUAAGCAGGCUUUUCACUUGCUUUUAGGACAGGAAAUUGUGUAAUGCUUUGGCCCCAUUCUGUAGUGCAUUUUAUUUGUAUAGUUCAGUCUCAAUUUAUCAGUGGACAUCAUCCAAUUUUCUCUUA